GGAUGGGGAAAGUUAGCGAACGUUGUUGUUGCUCAGUGACAGACUGACAGUUUGUUUACACAAUGUAAUCUAAGUCUAAUACAUUUGUCCAAAUAAUAUACAAUAAUAUUCAUUGGGAAUGAAGACAAAAAAAUCUAAAUCUACUAAAGUUGGAAAUGGAAACCAAAAAAGGAAAAUUCAAAGUGACGUGCCCCCCUCGACAAGCCUCCCUCCUUUGGUUGAGGGUCAACUGCGAUGCUUCCUACGCGUGACAGUAAGCAAAGUUUUAUGGACAGUUCCCAAGCCACCCCCGACUACCUUUGUCAGAUUGCGCUGGUGGGGAGAGUCUUCCAGUGGGACCCAUUUCAGACCACAGGAUGGUUCACAAAAGUCACAGAAAAUUGUCAAGUCCACUGCUCGCUUCCCCAUUCGAUGUGGACCUAAGCAGUUCACAUCCUACUUAACAGAUAUGGGUUCUCUGAUGCUGGACGUGCUUACAAAUCCAGAACACCUGCCAAUCGCUCGUACUCAGGUCGCUGGGAUUUCUCGACUGUCUUUUUCACACUCCAUCAGUGGUUUUUUCACCUUGGUAUCUCCAACAUCUGAGAAGCUUGGGGAGUUACAGGUGUCGCUUGCGUUGGAGGCCUUGGCUGAGACAUACCACAGCAGCAGCUCUGUUCCCACCACCGACAUGAGUUUUGAAACGGCUGUAUCUGAAGUCAGGUCCACAGUGAAGCCAGCCUCUCCACAAAUCAGUCUGGUGGUGCCCUCCCUGUCCAGGCCACUGUCUGUCAACAGUGGGAAAGAGUCAGGAAGCAAUACGCCCAGAGGGAAAGACCAUUUGUACUUCAAAAAUGUCCAGACUGAAAAAAAGAGAGAUGUGGCAGUUGAGAUCCAAAGGCCAACAUCAAGUAGCUCUCAACAUGGACAGGAAUCCACUUGCGGACAGGCCUCCAACGAUAUACUCUCAGUUAUUUUAGAGCGUGGAAGCAAGCUUAGAAAUGCCAUGGUGGUAUCUGCUUUGAAGUCGGACAGGGACUGUGAAUUUGCACUGAAAGACACUUCGCUACCUCUCCCGAAGGACAAUAUAGGUGCCCCACCAAUGUCAUCCAUUCCUCCUUGUGGAAAGCUACUGCAGAAUCUUCUGCAUGCUGAGUCCAGUCUCCUGCUAUCUCCUCAAAGUCCCUCAGAAAACCUCAGCCGAGACUGUGACACUGCGAACAGGGCAAUAGAUCUGCUCCUGGGAAGUUUCAACGGAUCCACUCUCCCUAUUUGGGAUGGAGACGGCUCUCCUCCUGAUUCUCUCCUCAGUGUAUGUGGAGACAGUGAACUCAAUGACCCACAGUAUGACCAGAGCCUGCUAGAGAAUCUCUUCUAUAAAACUCCUAUAUCUAACGGCGGUCCUGGUGAUGAGGACGUGGGUGGCCCUUCCCUAAAGAUGGAUCUCAACAUGUCUGGUGAUAAGGAAGACAUGAGGCUCUCUGGUCCAAAGAAAACUACUGGGUCAGCUGUCAGUCGGGACUCAGAUCUGAUGACUCCAGGGACUGGGGAUAAGGUUCCUGGUUUGAGUACGGAACAACUCAAUGUCCUGGCGGAUGUCCGGUUGGCCAGAGUGGUGGUCCACUCCCUGACUGUCCCAACAGACAGCUCAAACACCACAUCCAGAAAGACCUCUGGAAAAGGGAAACCGCCUCAACCCCUUUCAACUAAGAAAUGCUCCUAUUUCGUGGAGUACCUCUUCCCUGUAUCUUCCAGCAGGCAUGGUCCUAGUCAAGCCAUGGCAGCAGAGGUGACUAGAGUGGUUUCUACUAAAGUCACAGGAGGGGUGGUGACGUUCCAAAAGAGCAGUAUGUUUCCUGUCCACUUCAGUGGGUCAACUAUCGAGCAGUGGUGGGGAACAGACCUCACAUUCAAUAUCUACUCCAAGAAAAGCUUCCAGAAGAAACCUCUGGCCAUUGGCAAGGCAGUGUUCCCCAUAUGCUGUCUACUACAGAGGGAACCCCUGAGUCAAACGCUCCUACUUCCUGUCCUGAGUCAGGAGGUGACUUGUGAGAGCCAGAACAUUGGCUCGCUCAAGGUGUCAGUUGAACUUGCUGCAGACAACAUAGAUUUCUCAUCUACCAAGAACAGUAAGUCAGCUCCAGGUUCCACAGCCCCCUUCAGUGCCACAGCCACUACCCUUACAGCAAACAGCCCGGCCAGGGGGGAGGUUAACACCGCAAGGCCUCAUCCCAAAGACCCCAGGGGGGAGGAUCUACGUCCAUCUGCUCCUCCUAAUAGCAAUUCAUGGACAGACAUAAGAACUGUGGUUGCUCAAGGUCCCUCGCCUCUCACCUGCGUCCAGACAUCUCUUCCCAGACGGCAGAUCCACCUGUUAGAGGAGGAGGACAAGGAGUGUGAGGUACUGCUGCAUGCCCUGCUCAUGGUGCCGGAUGGAAAGGACUUUGACUGUGGGUCAAUGCAGCCUCCAAAUAUCUACCUGAACUGUAAGCUCUUCGGUCAGGAUGAGAUGUCUCGAUCAGUGAUCAGCUGGGGCCAGCGAAGCCCGACAUUCAAUUUUGUACAGGUGGCGCCCCUGGCCUUGACUUCUAGGUUGCUGGAGAGGAUGAGGAACAAUGUGAUGGUGAUUGAGGUGUGGCAGAGAGCAGGAAUCUCAGGGAAGGAUCGGCUCUUAGGAUUGGUCAAAGUCCCCCUCCACCAGUUCUACAUGUCCUUCAGAGACCCCAAGAUUUCCCAACUUCUACUUCAGGCUCAGUACCCAGUGUUAGGGGUAGACAGCUACAUGCCUGUAACUGAUGUGUUUUCAGGCAUCAUUAAGGGUAACCUCCGUGUCCUUUUAGCAAUGGGACAGUCUGAACAAAUAGUAGCUCUUCAGCGCAUGAGGGAUGAAGAACUUGGCUCUGUGCCACGUCUCCCAAGACCAGGCCAUUUGCUUGAUCUUCAUCCAAACAAAGAACAUAAGGCUAAACCAUCUUCCGCGGAGGCUAUGAGAGAGCAUCUGUUUGUGGUGAAGGUGGAGAAAGUGAAGGGACUGACCCCACUGCAAUCUACUGUCUGGGGGGAGGCUGACUGUUACGUCCAGUAUGCCUUCCCUACUCAGGAAGAGCCUCCUGGUCAAAGUCUGGACCCAAAUCUUAUCGAGAGCAGUGUGAAUCUGAGGCAGUUCCGUACCACCACCAGCCUGUGUGUCCCUGACCCAGUGUUUAACCACAGUGAGAGCCACAUGCUGCUGGCUCCUGCAGGGGUCCCUGUCCAAAGGCUCCUGCUUAGCUCCUUCUCCAGCCAGGGCUUGGCCAACGGAGGAGGCAUUCAGUUUGAGGUGUGGUGCAGGUACUAUUAUCCAAAUGUCCGGGACCAGCUGGUGGCUAAAGGGAUGUUGCCCCUGUCCAAGCUCUGUGCCAUGGUGACAAUGCAGAGACAGCAGCCUGCUGAAGCCCAGGUCUUCUCCCUCCCUCUGACGCCCAGAACUGAUAGCCCAGCUGGACAUCAACCUCAGCCCUCAGGAUUGCUUGAUGUGUAUGUCCAUUACAAACACGGUCCUAUGAGAUGUGACGGCAGGAGCGGGGCUGUUGCCUCUCGAGUGGUGACCGUGGUGAUUCAGGUGCACAGGGCGGCAGGACUGCAGGCAGCCGCGAGGGCUUUGUCAGAGCAAAAUGACGCGUUCCAGUACUACGCCGAUGUGGGCGUGAAUGCGUUCGUGACCUCCCAGCUCUCCUUCCUGCCGGAGAGUGAGAGCCGCAGCACCCGUGUGGUUGCAAGGACUUUCUGUCCGGAGUUUGACCACCACACCGAGUUCCCCUGUGAAGUGCAGAUCCAGAGGGCCCCUGGGGAGACCUGCAGCCUGGCUGAGCUCCUGCAGGAGGCCACAGCAGUCUUCACAGUACGGCACAGAGACAGUCCCAAAGCGAUGGCCAGAUCCACGGAUACUCUGUUGGGUACAGUAACAAUUCAGCUGGCUGAUCUCGUCUAUAGAAGAACAGGCAUCAGGGGCUGGUUUGGAGUGUCUCUGCCCCAGGACCUGGCCUCAGCGUCUUCCAGACAUCACGUCUUAGUAGGCGGCCUGGAGAUCUCCAUCAGUUUUGCCCACCAUGCAGACAGAGAGAGGGUCAUGGCCGCUGCUCGGGACCUGGGCUGGGAAGUGGCCAUGGCUGGCGGGCCGGCUGAAGACGAGGAGACGGGGGGCAGCGACGGAGAGGACUGGGCGCCGAUUCGGAGGACUGUGUACCUGACCGUGUCCACGCCCAGAGUCUGGGUGCCUGUCCGCUGCCUCCUGCUGCCUGGACACAGGGAGCUCCAGCGCUCCACCUACUGCUACCUCAGAUACAAAGUGUAUGACCAGGAGGCCUUCUGCUCCCAGCUCAGACACCCUGGCCAGUCUAUGGAGGAGAAGGGAGGAGGGGAGGAGGGCCUGGCCACGGUGUCCUUCACAGGCAGCAGGACGGUGGAGCUGAGGAGUAGCCAGCCCCUGUAUUGGUACCUCCGAGAGGAGAGGCUGGAGGUGCAGGUGUGGGUGGCCUUUGGAAAGGACAGGAGAGUCAGGCCUCAUGACAGCGACCGGCUGGUGGGCUCGACCUUCGUGGACCUCUCGUCCCUGGCCAAGAGGUCCCGGUCCAAACUGACUCUGACUGGCGUGUACCCUUUGUUCAGGCGCUCUGCCCCGGACCUGAGCGGAGCUGCCCUACGGGUCCACAUUACCCUGACCCCUGGAUCCCUCCCUAAGGACCAUACAGUUGGGGGGACGGAUAGCCAGGUCCUGGAGGACUGUGACAGCCAGGGAGAGGAGCAGAGCCCAGGACAGGAAGGCCCCUUGUCUACUCCAGCUUUGUCGGGAGCAUCUGAACCACACGACCGGCACCAGACCGACCCCUCCACGAGUGCCAAGCUCUCAGAGGUCAGCGUACAGGACGCCUUCUCGGUCACCAUCACUGUGGAGCGAGCCAUGCACCUCAGUCUUAAAGGCUGUCCUUUAGCGGAGCGUAGUGGAGGACUCCCUAGUUGCUGUGUCUCCUAUGCCACGGCUGAUUCCACCGAACCAGUCACCACAGCUGUCGUGGCGGACAGCCCCUGUCCCGUCUGGGGCCACCAGCAGGAGUGCAGGCUGUCCAAGAAACUUCUUCUGGAUCCCCAACGGUCCCUGGUGUUCAAAAUCUGGCACAGAGGAGAUGUGGAGCGGGUUAUUGGUUUUGCCUCGGUGGACCUGUCUCCUCUCCUGUCAGGCUUCCAGUCGGUGUGUGGCUGGUACAACAUAACAGACUUCAGUGGGCAGUGCCAGGGCCAGCUCAAAGUGUCUGUCUGCCCGCUGAAGGGAGUCCAGGAGCUGCGUGGUCAGAGGCAGGCUGCGUGUGAGGAGGCCAGCAAAGACUCCUCGACUCUGUUCCAGACCGCCCCCCUUUACUACCGCACCACAGCCACAUACAGCAGCUUCCCCUGCCACAUCAGCCGUUACACGGAGCAGAGGAUCAACUCGUCGCCAGCCACUCCGGACCGUCUAGACAGGCUUCUGUCUGAGAGCCAGAGUGACCGGCAUGAUGAGCACAUGGACAAGGUGCGACUGUACCACCAGGGCCUUCAGGAGGGGGGUGCGGGCCAUCCCUCCAGCUCAGUUCUGUUCUCCGCCCUCAGGAAAAACCUAAGUGAGUUGGAUGAGAUCCAGAGGUACUUCAGCCGUAAGCUGUCCACCCCCACCUUCCCUUCUGUGAGUGAGCCGGGCCAGCGCUCCAGACUGGAGGAGCACGGAGAAAUGGAUUCCACUCAGCUCCUUCUCAAGUCCAACCGCCUGGUUGGGGAGGUUAACGACCUCGUCAAUGAUCUCCAUGGACAUCAUCGUGUUGAGACUACACCUUUUAACCCUCAGAUCAGGUCAACCACUUCCCCUGUUUCAGAUGAGCACCUGCUGCCUGGGCUCUCUGAAGAAUUCCCUCAGAGUGCUCCAUGUUCUCAGAAAGCGUCCACCUCCCUCCUGGAGGAAGUGUCUCCUGUCCCCUCACCUGAACCAAGCCUCUCUCAGGAAAACAGGGGUUCUCAGACCGAGGAAGAUGAGGAUGCCAAGUCCCCUGCAUCUGAAGAUGGUCCCGGAGAGGAGGAGGAAGAUGGCGAUUAUGAGGAGACUGUGGUGGAGCCCAGGCCUCUGAAUGAGGUCACAUCUCUAACGGACAGAACCAGUCCUUGGACCAGCCUGCUGUCAGACCCUGAACUGGGCUCUCUGGAGAGUCUGGAGGCACCGGAGGAGCACCCAGCGUCGGACAGCCCCUGCAUCCCCAGCCUCACCCAACAAGAGGGAGAGGGGGAGAGGCCAGGUCUGCAGGCUGACGCCCUGCUGACGUGCAGCUCUGGUGAGGUACGGGGUCAGCAUGCUAAAUCUGGAGAGUCCUCUUAUGGAUCAGAGGAAGAUGAGGCAGACACCAUGAGAGAUGGUGACGGGCCACUCCACAGCUCUGACGAUGAGGCAGUACAACAUCAGGAGUCCAUUACUGCAUCAGUACAUGACGAGUCUCCAUUGUGUAGUGGAGAGACAGCCAGCCGGGUUCCUGGUGACAGAGACACUCUGUCCGAAGGUGAAACCCCGGGCUUGUUGCUCGACUCAGCAGCGACUGAACGCUCUGACCCUGUGGAGAUACCAAAUUUCUUCCUCCCAUCUCAUCACUUGGAGGCGUCUAUGAGAGCUCUGCGCAUAGCGCCAGUCUUCUCCCGGGCCUCCUCUGACCCAAAAGAAUGCUCUCAUAGACAUGGAAUUCCCUAUCACCGUCUUCCUCUUCCCAGGCCCAAUAUAUCAUCCCUGUCCAUGAAGAAAGAAGAGACCAAGAGAAUAGCGAAGAUAUUUGCAUCUCAUUUUAAGGACGAACACUAGCACUUUUUUUUAAAUGAUCUUUGAUGUUGUAUGUUGUGCUGUUUGUAUAUAUGUGUAGGUUGUAUGUUUUAUUAAUGAUCACCUGUUAUUUACUUAAGUGGCAUUGCAGUGUUUUUUAAUUAUGUAAAGAGUUGUAUGUAAAGAUAAUUUAAAUACAUUUUUCUAUUGUUUUCGUAAAUAAAUGGUUUGCCUGUAUA